UAAGUCUCCCAUUCAGCUCUGCAGAGUAAUUACAAGGAAAUCCCGAUUUCAUUUUUUAUCCUGUCUCCUGACAGGUCAAUGCAUGCUUAUUCAAGAAUUGAUCCCUCUUCCAAAACAAUGAGCAAUUCCAAGGGAAGGCAGAAUCCCCCAAACAGUUACUGACAUCAACAGCAUUCUUCUCAAGGAUUACUCAACUGAGUGCUUGCUUUGUGUGUGAUCUCAAUCAUAGAAAAGAAGAACUGCUCCAGACUUGAUUAUCUUUUCAAAAACUUGCAAAACCUGAGAAGCUAAGACUCUUUGAAACAGGAAGCUGUGUUGUUUCCUACCUUACUAAUGUCUCUGGUGGUAUCAGAUGGUAUCUCCGUUUCAUGAGUGGCAAGACCUAAGCUACCACUGGACGCAUCAAGGACUUUGCUAAAUUAGCAGGGCUGAGUGAAGACUUCAUCACCUUGGAGAGGUCACUGUGCCUGGGGAGGACUGAGAAUGAAUGGAUCCUGAGGUCAUUACUACCAACACUGCAGCAGAUGCCAGCACAAAGACUCAGGGUUGGGACUGGGUCGACCCCUACCUUAGCAGACACCAGUCACGUCAAUCAAGAACCAACAGGAGAUUAGAGUACCCUCUUCUCCCUCUGCCCAUGCAUCGAGUCAUGCUGGCCCUUCUCUACUGCCAUCUUAGAAAGGCCCAAUGAGAGGAGACAAGGAACUGAAAUUACAAGCUGAUUAACAGAGGAUGAGUAAAACCUAAAGUUAUCAUUCAAAUGAAUGGAAGGAUAAGACUAAAUUUAAACCACUUAGGACUAAAAUUUGUGAAUACUUUUUUCUUUUACCCAGCAGGUGGGAAGCUGGUAAGAGAUUCAAAUAGUUUUGGAAACUAAAGAAACUCCAUUUACAUUGCACAACCGAAUUGUACUAUGGGCAAUUUUAGUGAAUCAGCUAAAGGAGUAUGAUGUUAAUUUAUGUAAAACUUUGUAUCCACAUAUGCAUACAUAGAGAAAUGUUAAUGGUAGUAAACUCAUCAUGGUGAGAUCUGGGAUGGUUUUUACUAUUUUUUCCUUUUCUUUAUGAUUGAUGUUGUUCGUUUACUAUUACUAUAUAAUUUUUCCAAACUGCAAGGACUGUGAUUAGGAGUGCAGACAGGUAAAAAUUGUAUCUGUUUUUGUGUCUCUGAUCUCAUGUAACUAGGGGUCAAGGACUUGACUUCUAACUCUACUUGUUUUCCAGUGCUUUGCAGUCUAGGCCCCUUCGCCUCACAAGAUUCUAUAAUCUUACACUCAUCAUGUUGGAUUUAUGGAAAUGACACAUGAAUUAAAGAUGAUCUUCAAGUUGGAAAACACUUCAGUGAAAUUCUUUUUUAAAGUUUGACUUGUUUUCAGAUCAGUCUGUGAGAAAAGGAAAGAAAAUAUAAAUAAUUAAUGAUGAGUAGAGGCUCUUUUCACUCUUGCCUUAAACAUUAAGGUUUAGAGAGAUACUCUCAUGACCGAAAAUGCAUAACAGACCAAAUGAUGGGUAUUUUUUCUCAGCUGCUGUGUAUUAUGCCAUUGGGAAUAAAAAAAAAGCUGGUAAGAUCAUAUAAGUCGGUUGCUACUCAAUUCCAUUUUUAACCUCGAAAGCCUGAAUGUGUCACUGAUUAGUAGAUGAUGGACCAGGCCAGAGCUAUGAAAAUAGGUCAAGUUCUAUCCAAGAGCCUCUACUUUUUCCUGAUUUCAUGUGAAACCACUUCUCAUUGCCUUUCUUUCACUUCUGCUUUCUACCAUACAGCUUUUUCUUUUUCUAGUUUAAAAUAUGAUCUCAUGUAGACUCUCUGAUUUGAUGCUCACCACAUCAAAUGGGUGGCUAUCAUGAUCCUCAUUUUGGAGAUGAAUAAACGAGGCUCAGAGUUAAGGGCUUGUCUGAGUCUUCUCACUGGCAAGCAGAAUGGCCAGGAACCGCUCCUAUGUCUCCCCUCUCUACAGUCACUUGGACCACACAGAACCCCAACAGGUGCUGACUUUAGGGUCCCAGUAUUUUCUUAGGAAAGCAAAGACAAUCCUUGCCAUCGGCUCCAAUUACUGCAUUUCUAAGGCCUGCCUUGAGAAAUACCUGCUGACGUACGUUCAUGACCUCACACUUGUGCUUUCACAGAAAAGAGAAGGUUAGCAGGACUCCUGAGGAAGCAGGGUAGGGAUUAGCUGCCUUUCAUGGACUACUCCCUUGUCUCUUUUUCCUUCUUCUCCAGCCAAGUCUGUAAUUCUAAGAAAAGCAGGCACUGACCCUAGGGAUCCUGGUCUAAAAAAUCCAAAAUCUAAGAAGUAGUCCCAUUGGCACAUGCUCAGCCCCUUUAUGAGGGAGAAACUCUAAGGGCUCUGUUGUAAGCACAUGACUGGCUUAUGUCAGCAUUGUCAGGAACAGGAAAAGGGGAUGCUGCUUACAAUUGUUACAACAGUUAGUAACUACUACAACAGCUAAUUAUAAUAAUCAUUAUAAGUUAAAAAUCACUGUACUUGAAUCCAGUGAUGACAGAAUUGAGCAUAGAUACUGAAGAUCUAGCCUGAACUUUUGAAAUUGCUUACUAAAGGAUUUUAGACUCAUUAUUAAAUUUCUUUGAGGUUCAAUUUCCCCAUUACUGUAUUUUUAAAUUUUGCAUUUUAUGUUAUGGAGCCAUGGAAAUGGGUAGUUAUUUCUAAGGACAAUAAUCACUAUUAAAUAGCAUUUGGUUUUUAAAUGGAUGAUUUUGAAGGUCAUAUAUAAACUAUAAAACAUAAAACACAAAAUUUUAAAAUACAGUGAUAAUAUAAUUAUUAUAAGAUUAUUGUUAACAUUACCCAACCUAUCUCUUCCUGUUUUGUAUUUCUUCUUCCAAAUGCUUUCAGGAUCAACAUCUCCACUCUUCACUACCAUCCACAAUGUUUGUUUCUUUUCCCAUGACGGAUCAUGCUGACUCUCAAAACAUUGCAUCUUUCACUCCUAACAUUUCCCCCACCCCAUGGCAUAUCUGAUACACCUUUGGAAAUAUAUGCUGAAGAAUGUAUAGGCUAUUUAUUCCGUGUGGUUUCAGUGGGUAAGUGAAUAAGCUGACUGGUGUGGGUCACAAGGAGCAAUCACCGUUAACUGUGGGGUUACUUCUGCCUGCUUCUAUCACAGGGACAAGGGAAAUGGCGACCUCAGCUGAUGGGAUUGAAACUGUGGGGGAAGUUGCUGGGACCACACCCUACGACUAUGAGGCGGCGCUGCCGUGCGAGAAGAGCAACGUCAAGGAGCUGGCGGCCCAGUUCCUGCCCCCACUGUACUCCCUGGUGUUCAUGACCGGCCUGCUGGGCAACGUGAUGGUGGUGGUGAUACUCACCAAAUACAAGCGGCUCCGGAUCAUGACCAACAUCUACCUGCUCAACUUGGCCAUUUCUGACGUGCUCUUCCUAUUCACGCUGCCAUUCUGGAUUCACUAUGUUAGGUGGAACGAGUGGGUUUUUGGCCACCGCAUGUGUAAGUUGCUCUCCGGGCUCUAUUACAUGGGCUUGUACAGUGAGAUCUUCUUCAUCAUCCUCUUGACCAUAGACCGGUAUCUUGCCAUCGUCCACGCCGUGUUUGCCCUUCGAGCCCGUACAGUCACUUUUGGUAUUGUUACCAGCAUCUUCACCUGGGUCCUGGCAGGGCUAGCAGCCCUCCCUGAAUUUUUCUUUCAUGAGACCCAAGAGGAGGCUGGACAGACUUUCUGCAGUCCUCUUUACCCAGAGGAUAAUGAAAAUGCCUGGAAGAGAUUCCACGCUCUGAGAAUGAAUAUCCUGGGUCUCGCCCUGCCUCUGCUUGUUAUGGCCAUCUGCUAUUCAGGAAUUAUUAAAACACUGCUGAGAUGCCCCAGUAAAAAAAAAUACAAAGCCAUUCGACUUAUUUUUGUAAUUAUGGUGGUCUUCUUUAUUUUCUGGACACCCUACAAUCUGGUUGUCCUACUGUUUGCUUUUCAAAUGCACUUGAAGGCUGAUUGUGAACAGAGCAGACAGCUGGACCUGGCCAUGCUGGUGACAGAGGUGAUCGCCUACACGCACUGCUGUGUCAACCCCGUGAUCUAUGCCUUCGUUGGUGAGAGGUUCCGGAAGCAUCUCCGCCACUUUUUCCACAGACAUGUGGCCAUCUACCUGGGAAAAUUCAUGCCAUUUCUUCCUAGUGAAAAAUUGGAAAGAACCAGCUCCGUCUCCCCAUCAACAGGGGAGCAGGAACUCUCUGCUGUAUUUUAGGUCAGAUGCAGAACAUUGCCUAAAGAAGAUGAACAGACCAGAUGAAGCCAACACAUCGACCUCUUCACCAGUCCUUUGGACUUCCAGCACAAUGGCCACAGCUCUUGAAGCCAUUAAAAUAUAUACACAAUGGUGACGGUGUAUCUAUGCACCCCAAAGUCAUUACCAAAGGUCAACGGCUGGACAAUGACUUAUUAUGAACCCUGAAAAGCAGAGCUUUGCUUGAUUCACUCGAGUCACAUAAUUUUAAUGCACCUGAAUGUUAGAUGGUUACUAUAUGCAGCUAUAAACUAGUCAAGCUUUUUAUAUCUUAAACCUUAACUUCAGCCAGUUAUUGAUAUAAAUGAAACAUAAUAAACAAAUGAAAUAUUAAUAAAUCAAUCACAUUUCUUCUUAUUAUUACAAUGUAAUAAAUCAGCUUAUUGCAAGGACUGAUGCUCAAGCUGAAACCAAUACUUUGGCCACCUGAUGCAAAGAGCCAACUCACUGGAAAAGGCUCUGACACUGGGAAAGAUUGAAGGCAAGGGGGAGAAUAGAAGAAGAGCAAUUUGGCAUUUUCAGUACAGAGAAUAACCCACUCCAGUACUCUUGCCUGGAAAAUCCCAUGGACAGGGGAGCCUAGGAGGCUGCAGUCCAUGGAGUCACUAAGAAUCAGACACAACUGAGCAACUUCACUUUCACUUUUCACUUUCAC